AUGACUUUUGAAGCACACAAGGGAUCCAGUGGCCGCGUGGGAGUUUUGGGAGGAUCGGCACAAUACACGGGAGCACCGUAUUAUGCCGCCAUGGCCAGUCUUAAAGCGGGUGCUGAUUUGGCGUAUGUCUUUUGUGCACAAGAAGCAUGCUUGCCCAUCAAAUCAUACAGUCCAGAACUCAUGGUAUCGCCUGUCUAUUCGGCACAACAGUUCGAUGACUGCCACAACAGCAACAGCAACAACAACAACAAUCAUCAUCCAGAUAUGGAGGAUCUUAAAGAACGCCUGAUUGAAGACAUGGUCCAAAAAGUCACUUCCCAAAUAGAACGUUUGCAUGUACUGGUGAUUGGUCCUGGAUUGGGCAGGUGUCCGUUGGUCUUUGAAGCGACAGCCAGAAUCAUACAACAUGCGACAACAAAAAAUCUGGCACUUGUUUUGGAUGCCGAUGCACUCUGGAUGUUGGCACAACCACCAUAUCGAGCCCUAUUGAAAGACUACAGCAAGGUCGUUUUGACUCCCAAUAUUGUCGAAUACAAACGAUUGUUUGCCAAUGGCAAUGAUAACAACAAUUUGCUGCAACAUGCCACGGUAGUGCAAAAAGGGCAACACGACAAGAUAUUACGGAAUGGACAAACACGGAUGGAAUGUCACGAACUAGGUGGGAAGAAGCGAUCCGGUGGCAUUGGGGAUGUAUUGGCGGGCACCAUUGGGACCUUGGUGGCAUGGAAUGGCAUUUUGUCAUCAUCAUCUCAAGAACAGGAGGAUUUGGUGUUGUCAUGUUGGACGGCUUGUUGCUUUGUGAAAACGGCCACAAGAUUGGCAUUUCAAGACAAGAAACGAAGCAUGACCGCACCCGACGUGCUAGAGCAUCUGGGACCGGCCAUUGACAGCAUGACAGAGAAAGACGAGUACGGCAAGGAAGACGAUGGAACCAAGAAUGACAAACACAAGUCCCCGGCCCCGGAUGCGAGUAAACUGUAG